CUAAGAUACUCUAAAGUCCGACGCUUCCCUCGGGUUCCCGUCGCGCGCUGACAUUGAUUCUUCCUCUCUUCUCUUCCCCUGUCAUACGCCAGGAUUGCAGUGAUACUGUUCUUCAUUCUACGCGCUUCAAAAUGGCUUCUGCGACCGGAAUCCCGCCUAAUUCCGCUGCCGCGCGCGGCCAGAGCGAAGAAGAACCGCUCCUCGGUAGAAGAGGCGAUGCAAGUCAGAUGCAGGGUCAGCCGCUGUAUCACAACUUGUGGAUUGGUACUGCUCCCAUCGCCCAAGCCGGCAUCUGGAUCCUUGCCGCCAUAGUCUGGGGAGCCAUCUUCUCCAACAAACUCAUCUUCUUCUCCGCGCAUCCGCUUCUCAAUUCUGCCGGCUUCCUCCUCGCCAUCCAAGCAGCCCUCAUCCUGCAACCCACGCACACGCCCGACCAAAAGCGCGCCGGCACACUCGCCCACUUCCUCUUCCAUGUCGUCGGCGCAUCCGCCCUAACCGCCGGCCUCAUCAUCAUCGAAAUCAACAAGCAGGGUCCCGGCCAUGAGCACUUUGCCUCUGCACACGCUCGCCUCGGCCUGGCUUUUUACGUUCUUGUAUACCUCCAGGCCCUUGUCGGCUUCACUCAGUACUACGUGCCGCAGCUAUAUGGCAGUGUCGAGAACGCUAAGAGCAUCUACAAGUACCAUAGGCUCUCCGGUUACUUUAUCGCUGUGCUGGGUCUAGCUACUAUUUGCGCGGCUACGUGGACUACAUACAAUAUUUAUGUAGGACAUAUGCAGCAUUGGGCGGUGAUUACGGCCAGUGUGCUUGUCUUGGUUGGUGUGGUGCCUAGGAUUCGGUUGAGCAAACUUGGGAUUAAGAGACAGGGUGAGGUUAGGUUGUAGAUUGUUGUGAGGAUGUUUAUUGUUGUUGCAUGAAGAAAAGGAGAGUUAGACUGGGAGGCAUGGGGUACGAUGUUUGAUAUGACGAGGAAUGCGUACACUUGGUUCAUUUGAAGGAUAGGGAGGUGGAUGGAUUGAUGAGAACAUGAAGGCGGGGAUAACGUUUGUCUUGUUAAAAUUCAUUUUCAUAGCGUGUUAUGAUAUUUUUUUUUU